CUCAUUUUUUUUUUUAGAUAAACUUACUAUUCUCAUUUAUUUUUGAACCAUAAAACUCACUUUUCUCACAAUUUUUGAGCAACUGACUUGCGCCCAUGUCUGUAUUUUGAUUAAUUUGUAUGUUUAUUUUCAAUUUAUUUGUAAUAUUUUUAAUUCUGAUCUAUUGGCCUUUUAUUACUCUAAAUCUAAUUAGGAAUAGCAUUACAUUAGCAAUGAAACCACCAAAAAGAGGAAUAACAAAACCUGCGAGAUAUCAAACUACAGAAUCCUCAGAUGAUAGUGAAAAUGUAACUAUAGAGAAAUACGAUUUAACCAAAGACGAAGUUCACAAUGAGGUGGAAAGUGAUGUACUAGCACUAAGUCAAGUUUUCGUUGAGACACAGCAUGUACUGAAUAAAAAAAGAUGAUGAAAAUAACUCACUUCUUUUAAAUCGUAAUCAAUUACCAAACAAUAAAUCAUCUAUUCGAUCUCACGUGAUAUUAGAUUUUCCACUCGAAAAUUUAAAAGCUUCAUCAUCUAGUUAUCACAAUGAACCAACAAUCUCAAAGCAACAUGAUAUGUCUCAUUUCAAUGUAUUGUACAAUGAUUCUGUGGCCUCAACGUCUUCAACGGUAAUUUCUAAUGCUCAAUAUGAACCAACAAACUCAAGCUUGGUAUCUUAUCAAUCAGAAACAUACAAAGAAGAUGAACUUUGUACUAAAAAAGGUGUGAAAAAUAUUGAUAACCAACACUAUGAUUACUUGAGCAAUAAACGGCCAGAAACCACAUUAAAAAUUUAUGAACGAAAUAAUACAUCAAAGUUACAUUUGUACAAUAAAUUACAAACAGACAAUGAAAAUGUACCUGAAAAAAUAUAUUACAAUUUGGAUGCCAAAAAACUUGUGGACAAACGAACAAAAACAGAAGUUAAGGUUCAUUCUCCAGUAUAUACUCCAGCAGAAAAAAAAGAUAUUGAAUUUACCUCACAUAUAGCUGAAGAUUUUCGUCGGUUAUAUAAAUGGAUGGAUACAAGAUUUGCAAAUAUCGAAGAAAUUAUACAAAAUUCUUUAAAAUCACAAAAGAAGAAAAAAUGUUGGUCCAAACCUUCAUUUCUUCCCUUUACAAGUGAAGAAGAAGUUUUGCAAUUUGAUAAUGUAAAAGAGUCAAUUUAUAACGAAGUUGUUUGUUAUUUACAAUAUAUUGGAGGAUUUUCAUUAAAAGAAGCAUUAAAUUUAUGCUUAAAAGAAACGGUCGAAGACGAAGUUAUGUCUUCUUUUACUUUCUAUGGCAAUAAAGAAGAAGGAAUUUAUUCAUUUUUUAAAACAAAACUUUGCUCAGCCAUUCAAGAAGCACUCUCCGAGAAUAAACAUUUUCAGAUACAAAGUGGUACGGAGUUCCGUCACGAUAUGAUUGAAGCCAUUCGUAACGCUAAACAACGUAAAAGAAAUACAAUCAAUAAAAAGGAAAAUAGAGGGAAACGUUAUAUCAGAGAAGAAGAAAUGCAAAGAAUUUUUAUGCAGCGUCAACAAAAGCAUUUGCGAAAAGAGUAAUAAUAUAGAAAAGUCAAGAGAAAUGAUAUAGAAAAAAG